GAGAAAAUCACAUGUUUCAAUCAAAAAAUAUAUUUACGUUGUUUUAAUUUUUAUUUACUUUUUAGCAAAUCGGGUUUUUUUUUUCAAAAUAUGGACGAGUUCACUCUUUUUAAAAAGCUUCAGGUUAUGCGAGGACUUAAGGUGUCGACGAUAACGUCGACAUUGGAAGAAAGCGGAGUGAGAUUGACAAACGCGACGACCAGGCGGAUCUUAAUGAAAGGCUGCGAAUCGGGCGCUUUUAAAAAGACGAAAAUCGGCUUCAAGCUUAUAAAGAAAAUGUGCAAUAAGCAUAUCAAAAGCUUUUUCCAAAAGGAUUAUAAUCCUGAUGUCAGUUCGCUAGUGAACGUCCAAAAAGACAGGCCUUGCUGUUCAAAAGACCCCGUGGUAGAGGUUACAAUCCUGAGCGACGAUGAGGACAAAACGGACCAGGCUGUCGUGGAAAAUGAAAUCAAACCAAUAGACCUGAGUGCAAGAGAAUCGCAGGUCCUCAUAGAGCCGCAUGACGACCAGGUCGAAAAAGUCGAAAAAUCACCAGAAGAAGCUCCUUCCGCAGAUGCUCCCGCAGUGAAUCCGGAUGAUACUGAGCAGCCGGUUGAAGAAGCCCAGUCGUUCUCCACAGUUCUGGACGAGUGCUGGCAGGAGGUCGACAGGUUUCUUCAACGACUGGAGAUGCCAAGUUGCCCCGAGUCACUUAACAGCCAGGCAAUAUAUAAAUCAUAAAUAUAAAAACAGUGAUAUAUCCUUUAGAUUUUUAUAUCAAAAUAAAAAUGAUCCGUAUCUCUAAAAA